AUGGCAGCGGCAGACUACGCCGCCACGCUCUCAGCAUUGCGAGAACAGCAGUCCAUACAACCACUGUCGAUACUCUCACUGGCCGAGCCCAUCCUCAGCUCCACUUCGCAGAGUCAGACCAAUGCAGAGGCACACAAUCAGUUCAGACCCUCAGACGCCUCCUCGACAACCCAUCAUUCUUCCGAGCUCGACACGCAUCUAACCCCCACCUCGCUCGCCGCCGACCUAACCCACUACAAGGAACUGUUCUCAAAAUUGCGCUUCAGCUACCUCGAGCAGGUGACGAAGGAGAAAUAUUUGCGCAGCAUUGUCGGCGACCCACCGCUGGUGGUGACUCACGAUGACAACCUUGCGCUCGAGGAGAGCCUGGUGGGCAUGAAGGCGGACGUCAAGCGGCAGAAGGAGGAAGUGGAGCAGCUGGUUACGGAGAUGGACAGCCGCGCCAGAGAGGUCGCGGCGCGGUACCGGAGUGUCGCAGAGGGCGUGCAGGUGCUGGAGACGGUGCCGCUCGAGGUACAGGCUUUGAAGAGAGAGGUCGAGGACUUGAAACGCCUGAUUCGGGAGAAGAAGGGCGGUGGUGGUUACGAUGCGAGGGAGAGUUUCGGCGGGGAUGCGAGGAUGAAUCUGUCCUUGGAAGAGACGGCCGAUGCGCUCGAGGAACAGCGGGCGAGAAAUCGAGAUCUCGACCAACAGAUCGAGUUGCUGCAGCGCCAGUUACCCGCCAAAACACGUGAGUGUGAGAAGGUCGACGCUGAGUUGGGCGAAUUAGAGAAGAAGCGGAAUGAGGCUACGAGACUGGCGAGGGACGUUAGAAGGAGGAAGGAGGAGGGUGGUAGGGAUGAGCUGGAACAGCUGGGGAGGUGGUAUAGAGGAAGUGACGUUGUUCUACGAGGGUUGCUGGGGUCCGAAGGUUGA